AUGGCAGAAGAAAUGAGAGAUAUCCUUGACUAUGAUGAUGAGGAAACAGAACCAGUAGUACAGGCCGCAGCUGGAGAUACUCAAGUGAAAAAGGAUGUUAAGGGAACCUAUGUAUCCAUACACAGUUCUGGUUUUCGAGAUUUCCUCCUCAAACCAGAGUUAUUGAGAGCCAUUGUUGAUUGUGGCUUUGAACAUCCAUCAGAAGUUCAGCAUGAGUGUAUCCCACAAGCCAUCCUGUCCAUGGAUGUCCUGUGUCAAGCCAAGUCAGGCAUGGGGAAGACAGCCGUGUUUGUGCUGGCCACGCUUCAGCAGCUGGAGCCCGUUGAUGGACAGGUGUCUGUUCUGGUUUUGGCCCACACAAGAGAGCUGGCAUUCCAGAUCAGCAAGGAGUACGAGAGAUUCAGCAAGUACAGUAACAAUGUGAAGAUUGCAGUCUUCUUUGGAGGGAUGAACAUCCAGAAGGAUGAAGAGGUCUUGAAGAAAAACUGUCCACACAUUGUCGUUGGCACUCCCGGAAGAAUCCUGGCCCUGGCUCGUUCCAAAGUCCUGCCACUGAAACACAUCAAGCAUUUCAUCUUGGACGAGUGCGACAAGAUGCUUGCGGCCGUCGAUAUGCGCAGUGAUGUUCAAGAGAUCUUCCGCAUGACUCCACACGAGAAACAAGUGAUGAUGUUCAGCGCCACGCUCAGCAAGGAAAUCCGUCCUGUCUGCAAAAAGUUCAUGCAAGAUCCAAUGGAAGUCUAUGUAGAUGAUGAUUCCAAACUGACCCUGCACGGCCUGCAGCAACACUACGCCAAGCUGAAGGACAAUGAGAAGAACAGGAAACUGUUUGAGCUCCUGGAUGUUCUGGAAUUCAAUCAGGUGAUCAUCUUUGUGAAAAGUAUUCAGCGCUGCAUGGCUCUGGCCCAGCUUCUGCAAGAACAGAACUUUCCCGCCAUUGCCAUCCAUAGAGCUAUGACACAGGAGGAGAGGUUAUCUCGUUACCAGUCCUUUAAAGAUUUCCAGAAGCGUAUUCUUGUGGCCACUGACCUCUUCGGCCGAGGUAUGGACAUUGAAAGGGUCAACAUUGUCUUCAACUACGACAUGCCAGAGAAUUCUGACACCUACUUGCACAGGGUCGCCAGGGCAGGCCGGUUUGGAACCAAGGGUUUGGCUGUCACUUUUGUGUCGGAUGAGACUGAUGCCAAAGUACUGAAUGAGGUGCAGGAGAGGUUUGAGGUCAACAUCACAGAGCUGCCUGAUGAAAUUGACAUCUCUUCUUAUAUUGAGGGACGUUAA